UGUUACAUAAUUUCACCUUCAUCACCAGGUUUUGAUGUAGAAAGGACCUUUCAGUUAAUUUUCAGGGGUGAAGCAGCAGAAACAUCUAAAGCUGUAACCAUGGUAUUUACAGACAGUCUAGCAGCUUAUUUGGCAGAGGUAAUCCUGUCACAUCUGGCCCUAACCUGUGUUUUCCUUCUGGCCACGCUCGCUGCCGUCCGCUGGUACAUCAGAGAUUCCUACAAGGUUGAUGGUUUCAGCCAAAAACAUGUGCUCAUCACGGGCUGUGACAGCGGCUUUGGGAAUCUUCUGGCCAAACAGCUGGACCGAAAAGGUUUCCAAGUCAUGGCCGCCUGCCUCACAGAGAAAGGUGCCGCAGACUUGGCAGCGGCUGCCUCUCCCAGACUGAAGACCUUCCUGCUGGAUGUUACAGACAGCGCGAGCAUCAGGAAGGCGGUGGAGUCUGUGAGCAGAGAGGUCGGAGAGCGAGGUCUGUGGGGUCUGGUGAAUAAUGCUGGAAGAUCGACACCCAUCGGCCCAACAGAAUGGAUGAAGUUAGAGGAUUUCACAAAGGUUUUGGAUGUGAAUCUGAUAGGAGUGAUUGACGUAACCCUCCAGUUUCUGCCUCUCUUAAAGAAAGCUCGGGGCAGAGUGGUGAAUGUAGCCAGUAUUCUGGGACGACUGUCUCUCACUGGUGGAGGAUACUGCCUGUCCAAAUGGGGAGUGGAAGCCUUUUCUGACAGCCUCAGGAGGAACAUGCAGCACUUUGGUAUUAAUGUGAGCAUCAUCGAGCCCGGUUUCUUCAAGACUAAUGUGACCCGCGUUGAUCUUAUUGAUGCUGACCUGAGGAGGCUGUGGUCCCGCCUCCCUCAAGAUGUGAAAGACUCAUAUGGAGCUACAUACUUAGAUGAGUAUAUGAAAGCUCAGGCCUUCUCCAUGGGACUCUUGUGCAGUCCGGAUAUCUCUAAGGUGACGAGGUGCAUGGAGCACGCGCUGACCGCUCGCUUCCCACGCAGACGUUACGCAGCAGGCUGGGACGCAAAGCUUUUCUGGAUCCCUUUGUCCUACCUCCCUUCAUUCGUUGCAGACUUUAUAGUCAAUGUGAUUCUCCCUUCUCCUAAACAAAACAUGUAAAUAGCAGACAGCCUUUACCGUCGCUGUGAAAGUUUGUAUGACUGUGUCAUUACUUCUCUCCUGUGUAUGUGUUGACCAUGUUCACCCUAUAAGCUAAAGCUGCAUCUGAUAUUCAAAUGCAUCCUAUUUCCUAAUACUUUUUAUAAAAUAUGAAUAGGCUCAUAAAAUGAACUCACCAGCCAUUUUAUUAAGUAUACCUGUUCAAUCUAAUCAGCCAAUCACAUGACAUCAACUCAGGGAAUUUAGGCUUUUUGACAUAAUCAAGACAAUCUGAUGAAAUGGUUACUAGUCUCAGAUGGGCUGGUAUUUCAGAGAAACUACUGAUAUAUUGAUAUUUUCCCACAAAGGCAUCUCUAGGGGUUACAGAAGAUGAUCCAAAAAGGAGAAAACAGUAGCUCAAAUAACCAUUUGUUAAAACCAGGGUAUACAGAAGAGCAUCUCUGAACACACAACACAUCAAACACUGAAGGAGAUGAGCUAGAGCAGCA